CAGAUGAUUUUUCUUGUGAUUGGCGCGCACUCCCUGACGAGACGGAGGCGAGGAGACACACGAAUCCUUCUAAAUCCCCGAAAGUCAAGGAAAUAGUUGGUGAAAAUGGUUCAGCAGACGGAGAAAAUGUGGUCCAAGAUGUACGUCUUGAAGAGAGAUGGACGUCAAGAACCUGUUAUGUUCGACAAAAUCACUUCUCGAAUUCAGAAGCUCUGCUAUGGACUCAACAUGGACUUCAUUGAUCCUCCUGCAAUCACCCUUAAAGUGAUCAAUGGGCUGUAUUCUGGUGUGACAACUGUAGAAUUGGAUAACCUUGCUGCUGAAACUGCUGCAACAAUGACAACAAAGCACCCUGAUUAUGCUGUGCUUGCUGCCAGGAUUGCGGUGUCAAACCUCCACAAAGAAACCAAGAAGAGUUUCAGUGAGGUAAUGGAAGAUCUCUAUAACAUGGUUGAUAAUAAGACUGGAAAUAAGAUGCCCAUGCUUGGCGAACACUACUACAAGAUCAUCAUGGAGCAUGCAGAUAAACUCAAUUCUGCUAUUAUCUAUGACCGUGACUUUUCUUACAAUUAUUUUGGCUUCAAGACUCUGGAGCGUUCUUAUUUGCUCAAGAUCAAUGGCAAAGUGGCAGAGCGACCCCAACAGAUGUUGAUGAGGGUUGCAGUGGGCAUCCAUGGUGAGGAUAUUGAUGCUGCUAUUGAGACUUACAACCUAUUGUCUGAGAAGUGGUUCACACAUGCCUCACCCACUCUUUUCAAUGCUGCUACAAGAAGGCCACAGUUAUCUAGCUGCUUCCUACUAACGAUGAAGGACGACAGUAUUGAGGGCAUUUAUGACACACUUAAGCAGUGUGCUCUGAUCUCCAAGUCUGCUGGAGGCAUUGGGCUGAACGUGCACUGCAUCAGGUCCAUGGGAAGCUAUAUUGCAGGAACCAAUGGAACUUCUAAUGGUCUUGUGCCCAUGUUGAGGGUGUACAAUAACACAGCUCGUUAUGUUGACCAGGGUGGAAACAAGAGGCCAGGUGCAUUUGCCAUCUACUUGGAGCCAUGGCACCCAGAUAUCUUCGAUUUCCUUGAUCUUCGCAAAAAUACUGGAAAGGAUGAACAAAGAGCAAGGGAUCUCUUCUAUGCUUUGUGGAUUCCUGAUCUGUUCAUGCAGCAAGUGGAAGCCAAUGGCGACUGGUACCUGAUGUGCCCUCAUGAAUGCCCAGGACUUCAUGAUACCUGGGGUGAGGAAUUUGAGAAACUCUACCACAAGUAUAUCGAAGAAGGUCGUUACCGUCGCAAAGUGAAGGCACAACAGUUGUGGUAUGCAGUUAUUGAAUCACAGGUGGAGACUGGUACACCAUACAUGUUAUAUAAGGAUGCCUGCAAUAGAAAGAGUAACCAACAGAACCUUGGUACCAUCAAGUGUUCUAACCUCUGUACCGAGAUAGUAGAAUAUUCCUCACCAGAUGAGGUUGCUGUGUGCAAUUUAGCAUCAAUUGCUCUCAACAUGUAUGUCAACCCAGACAAAACCUACAACUUUGUCAAGCUAAAGGAGGUUACAAAGGUCAUUACAAGAAAUCUGAACAAGA